GAAGAGUUGAGAGCAGGUAGCCCUUUCCUGGGUUUCAGUGUCUUAGGCUUUAGUCCUCUCAGAGACGAGUGAGCAGACAGGCUGAUAGGAUGCAGAAAGUGAUUCUGGUUCCCCUGCUGGUCCUGGGAUGGACCUCGACCCUUGAGGGGCUCCUUGUUCUCCCAGAACCUCUCUACGCCACACAGGAGAACUUUGACUUGGCCCAGUUUUUGGGAACUUGGCAUGAUGUUGCCAUUGCAAGUACAUGUCCCCAUAUGCAGCGUCACCGGGGAGAUGCAGCCAUUGGUAAGCUGGUUCUGCAAAGAGGCACCAGCGAAGACAAACUCAAGAUGAAACGAACCGUACUCAGACAUGGGACAUGUAAGGAGAUCUCUGGGGAAUACGAGUUAACCACCACACCAGGACGGUUCUUCUACCAUGUUGAGAGGUAUGGGUCAGACGUGGAUGCCUACGUGGUUCACACAAACUACAACGAGUACGCAAUAGUGAUAAUGAGCAAACAGAAAUCAUCAAGGGAGAAGAGCAUCUCAUUGAAGCUUUAUAGUCGGACUAUGGCUGUGAGACCCACUGUGCUGGAGGACUUCAAAACACUGGUCAGACAAGAGGGAAUGAGUGCCGACACUAUUAUCAUUAAGCAGGACAAAGGUGACUGUGUUCCUGGAGAGGUAGUGGCAGAACCAUCAGCUCAGCCUGAGCCUGAGCCUCAGCGGGUGAGGAGAACUUUGAUCCCUGUUAUGGUUGCUGCAGAGGAGGAGGGUUCUGCUGAUGAUUCACCUCUUUUCAAUGGAACCGAGGCUUGUCAAGCAGAACCAGAUACGGGACCAUGUUUUGGGUUGCACCAGCGUUACUACUACAACGCCUCCUCAUUGAGCUGUGCAAUCUUUAAGUAUGGAGGGUGUUUGGGCAACCAGAACAACUUUCAGAGUGAGAGAGAGUGUCUGCAGAGAUGUCGCACUGAGGCUGUGUGCCGUCUGCCAUUGGCAGCCGAACCCUGCACAGGUCAGCCACCCAUCUGGUCCUUUGACUCCACCAUUGGUCUCUGUGUGCCCUACAAACAGGGCUUCUGCCAGACCAACGCCAACAAGUUCUACAGCAAGGCUGAGUGUGAGGAGUACUGCGGGGUGGUUAAAGAUGACGGAGAGCUCCUGAAUACAAACUGAGUGACAUGAUGUGCUCUUCUGAACUUAUAAUACACUAAUGCAGCAUGAACCAGCAUCACAGAAGGUGCACAGUAAAGAAACAUGAAUUUGUCUAAGCACUCACAAAAUAUGAGAAGUCAUAUCACAACAGAUCACCAAUAAAACAAGUCAUUACUCUG